GUUGGCAUAUUCCUUAUUGGUUAGGGAAAUGAAAGAUGUGAGGACCCAGUGAAAGACUUUUCAAUUAUGAAAACACUAAAUAUUUUAGUUAAAUCUAGACUUUUGACUUGUAUUAUGUUGCCAACUCCAUAUCUCUUUAAUUAAUUAUUGUGGAGAGAGUAAAAAGGCAAGCAACUACUCUUCAAUUCCCCAUUUCCUACUGCUCCAUUGAUUCCACCAAAGCCCUAAAGACCUUAUAAAACCCAAUGCCUAAUCCCUUUUGCUCAUUCACCACCAAAGCAUCGAACUUUUACUGAUAUUCCACUUUCAAAGCAACACAAGAUUAAGUAGCAAGAAACAAAUUAAGAGAUAUGAAGCACGAAGCUACUAUCAUUGAUGUCCCUGCAGAAUCCAGCUCAGCCAUGAAAGGCAAAGCUCCUCUAAUAGGUGUUGCUAGAGACCACACAGCUACUGGCUCAGGUGGAUACAAGAGAGGUCUUGCCAUCUUCGACUUCCUCCUCCGUUUAGCUGCCAUUGUUGCAGCUUUAGCCGCUGCUGCAACUAUGGGAACAAGUGACGAGACUCUUCCAUUCUUCACACAAUUCUUACAGUUCGAAGCUAGUUACGACGAUCUACCAACUUUCCAGUUCUUUGUGAUCGCCAUGGCCUUAGUAGGAGGAUAUCUCGUUCUGUCUCUUCCAAUAUCCGUCGUUACAAUCCUUCGCCCUCUUGCCACUGCCCCAAGACUCCUCUUGCUUGUUCUUGACACUGGGGUUCUGGCGUUGAACAUGGGGGCUGCUUCAUCUGCGGCAGCAAUAUCGUAUCUAGCACACAGUGGAAACCAGAACACGAACUGGCUCCCCAUUUGCCAACAGUUUGGAGACUUCUGUCAGAAAUCCAGCGGAGCUGUUGUCUCCGCCUUUGUCUCCGUAGUCUUCUUCAUCAUCCUCGUUGUCAUCUCCGGCGUCGCUCUGAAAAGACACUAAUCAAAAACCUAUAUACAGUACAUGUCUGUUCAUCAUUAUUGUAAAAUUGAAAUCAUUUGUGUAAAUUACUCAUCAUGCCUUGUGUUUUGUUGUAUUAAUCUUUUUAAAAGGAAAAAUGAAAGUGUGAUUGUUUUUUCUUUAAUACAAAAUUGAAAUUUUCAUUUCAGUUUCUUAGUAA